AGAAAAUUCCUAAGAACCCACAAGAAGAAGAAGAGAAUCCCCUACGUAGUUUAUUUAUCUGUAAAUUUUAUCCCCCCUCCCCCUAAAAAGAUUUCAAUGUCUGCUUCGUCUGUUCGACGGCAGAGAGAGCUGAACGUCGGCACCCAAAAGCCGGCGAAAUCCUUGACCCCAAUCUCAAAUCCCACCCUCAACAAGUCGUCUUCUGGGAAAGAGAAUGCUAGACAUGGUGUUUCUUCCCGGGCCUCCUUGUCGGGUCAGAAGCCCGUGAUUAGGCCGGUUCCGCGUGUUGAGAAGGCGGCUGUGGUUGCUGGGGGUGGAGAUGGCGAGGUCAGAGUGCGGUGGUCGACGUCAUCGGCACAGAGAGGUAGGAGCCCUAGCCCAUCUGAGUUUAUUAGGGCUGUCUCGGAUUUGAGGAAAGAUAGGGUUUCUGUAGAUAAGGAAAUUAAAGGUUCUAGGGAUUUAAAAGCGAAAAGAAGUGAAAGUAGGUUAAGGGCUGUUAAAAAUUGCAAAGAAAGUUGUGGGUUUGGGGAGAAUUUGGUGUUGAAAGUGAAGGAGAGUGAGAGGAAAACAGGGGACUUUUGGGCGUUGGGUGGAAAUUAUGGAAAAGCCAUUAACUUCAGCUCAGUUUUGGUAAAAUCAAGUGAAAUUGAUGGUAAUAAUGGUGGAUUUGAGGCUUGUACUGAAAAUAAUUGCACAGACCUUGGUUCAAAAGUUGAAGCUAGAGUUACUAUUGAGGAGAAAUCUGAAUUGAAAUCUGGUUCUGCUUCGAAAACUGAUAAUGGGGUUGCAAACAUUGUAGUAAAAGAGAAGUCUUUGCAUGAGGGGAAGGCCUUGGAAGUUCUGACAGAGAAAGGUGUAAGUGACGUGGGGGGUUUUAACUCCGGGGUUGGUGUCAAAUAUCCAAGCAGGCUGCAUGAAAAGCUUGCUUUUUUAGAGGGUAAGGUGAAGCGAAUUGCUUCUGAUAUUAAGAGGACUAAGGAGAUGUUGGACAUGAAUAAUCCAGAUGAGUCAAAAGUGGUACUUUCGGAUAUUCAGGAAAAGAUUUCUGGUAUAGAGAAGGCUAUGAAUCAUGUUGUGGGUGAUUCAGAUGGUAAAGCAGGGGUCUUUAAAAGUUCUACAACUGAUAAAGCGGAUGUGAAAAUUGUGGAGAAGAGUAAUGCUAAGCUGGUGGAAAAUGUCACAGCUUCGGUAAAAGGAUUAAAUAGUAAGGACUUAGAAGAUAGAUUAUUUCCUCAUCAUAAAUUGCUCAGAAACCGGGCAUCACUGAAGGCAUCAUCAGGCGGCACACAGAGUCAGGAACCCUCAAAUGGUGUAGAUCCUGCCAGUCAAUCGAAGGAAGAUGAGAAGUCACUGGGCUCUAUAGAGGAUAACCCAAUAGCUCUAGAGUUCUUGGCCUCCCUUGAUAAGGAACAAAUUAAAGCUACCAGUAGCACCACCAGGAAUGGACCAGCUGGUUCGGAGCACUGUGAAGUUCACGACAUGGAUGGUGAUCGUGCUUCACAUGUAAAAGAUUCUUCAAUCAUGGUUAAUCUGAAGAGCGAUGCUGAGCUCAUUCUCACAAGUGAUGAAAGACUUGAGGAUUUUGAUGAUCAGGAGAAUAAACAAACCAGCAUGGUUGAUGAUGAGGUUGAAGAUAAUGACAAUUAUCAGCUAAAUGAAAUAGGAAGCAAGGCAACAACUGCAGGAUGGUUUGUGUCAGACGGGGAUGCAGUUCUUGCUCAUGAUGAUGGCUCUUGUUCUUUCUAUGAUGUUGCUAACUCUGAGGAGAAGGCUGUUUACAAGCCUCCAAUAGGAGUUGUACCUAAUAUAUGGGGAGAUUGUUGGAUUAUCCGUGCCCCUAGUGCUGAUGGUUGCUCUGGCAGAUAUGUUGUGGCUGCAUCUGCUGGGAAUUCACCGGAAUCAGGGUUUUGCUCGUGGGAUUUCUACACCAAAGAUGUGCGAGCUUUCCACACUGAGGGUGGGGGGACAGCUUCAAGAACUGUGCUUGGUCCCUUACCAAAUAAUCCUAUGAUUAGAAGAAAUGGUUUGUGUAAUCAGAUGGUACCUGAACAUCAGCAGUGGUGGUAUAAACCUUGUGGCCCUCUUAUCAUCUCAACUGCCAGCUCUCAGAAGGUUGUCAAAGUUUAUGAUAUCCGUGAUGGAGAACAAAUAAUGAAGUGGGAGGUACAGCGGCCUGUAUUACCAAUGGAUUAUUCAAGUCCAUUGCAGUGGAGAAAUAGAGGGAAGAUAGUCGUAGCUGGAGCAGAAACAAUUUCUUUGUGGGAUGUAAACUCUCUACAUCCUCGAGCAUUACAAUCUGUGUCAUCAUCUGGUAAAAAAAUAACUGCUCUUCAUGUGAAUCACAGUGAUGCGGAACUAGGCGGAGGGGUGCGGCAAAGAAUCAGCUCCUCUGAAGCAGAAGGAAAUGAUGGUGUCUUCUGCACACAUGAUUCUAUUAAUAUUUUGGACUUUCGACACCCAUCUGGUAUAGGUGCAAAAAUACCAAAGAUUGGUGGGAAUGUGCAGUCAGUUUUCUCUCGUGGGGAUUCAGUCUUUCUUGGCUGCCCAAAUGUGAAGACAGCUGGAAUGAAGCAGCCAUGUUCUCAGGUGCAACAGUUCUCAUUGCUUAAAGGAAGGUUGUUCACCACCUAUACUUUGCCUGAAUCCAAUGCUCACUCGGAUCAUUCAGCCAUUACACAAGUCUGGGGAAAUUCAAACCUUGUCAUGGGUGUUUGUGGCCUAGGGCUAUUUGUAUUUGGUGCCUCGACAGAUAAUGGCAUGCUGUCUUAUACAGGUGAUUAUGGUGCCAGAGAAACCAUUGGCCCAGAUGACCUUUAUUCUCCUACUUUUGAUUACUUGUCGUCUCGAGUUCUCCUGAUAUCAAGAGAUCGUCCUGCAUUAUGGAAGUACAUAGUGUGAAAGUAGCAAGUGUAAUUUAUCUAUAAACUGUCAGCAUGAUCUUAACUUGUUUUUGUUGCUUUUUGAAACCUGCUAUAUGUGACUUUGAAAUAAUAUUUAUAUUUACUGAAGAAGGGUUGAUCCAUAUCAAAAAUUGGGAGGGCAUGGCAUCAUGUUGGCAUUUA